GUUUAUAGGAAACAGUUAAAGCCAUGACAACAAUGGGAGCGUUCGCUUUACUGGCCCUGGUUGCCAGCACUUCAUUGGCUUUGGUAGCCGGCGAAGGCUUCAAGCUGCCGGACCAACAGUCCAACAAUGUGCAGCAGAGUCCUCAUGUCCAGCAAAUAUUUGCGCCGCAGCCGCAACAACAGCAGUUCCAGCAGCCACAGCUGCAGCAACAACCUCAACCACAGGGCGAGGAGCGUGGUCGCUCUUCUAUUUUGAGCAUCUUCGGUCUGGGCAACGACAAUGAUCCCUAUUUGGCUCGUACUAAUACCAACUGUCUGGGCGGGGAUCUCUCUGAGUGCUUCAAGACCCAGGCAUUGGGCACAUUCGAUGAAAUAUUCUACAAGGAUCAGUAUCGUUUGUCUGACUUUGCUCGUGUGGUGCGUCUGCCGGAAACCCAGCAGCGUUCGCUGCUGCAGGAACCCUUCGAAUACUCGGAGGAGCCACGUGGCGACGACGACGACUGGAAUCAGUUGGUGAAAUAUGCUCUGCGAAGGGCCGAACGCUUUAUCAAGUCGACGGCAUUGGAGCUGGAAUGGCCAGAAGAGCUGACCGAGGCUGGUCGGUAUGAGGCGCGUUUCAUUGGCAAUGAGAUUGAUAGCGAGUUGGAUGUCAUUGAGAAUAAGAGCGGUGGUCCAUUCUCUCGCAAGAAGAUUAAGAAAAUGAUUAUUCCACUACUGUUGGUGCUGAAGAUUUUCAAGCUGAAGCUGCUGCUCUUCCUGCCCUUCAUCCUGGGCAUUGCUGGUCUUAAGAAAAUUCUGGGCCUGGCUGCCAUCAUUUUGCCCGGACUCUUUGCCUACUUCAAGCUCUGUCGUCCCCCUGGCGGUGUGGGCGGCGCCUUUGGCGGCGGUCUGUCUGGCCUAUUCGGCAGCAAGAACACCUUCCCCGCCUACACACCCCAGGGUGUGGGGCCAGCCACCUACUACCACCAUCACGAGCACUACGAGGGCGGCCAUGGCGGUGGUAGCUCUCCCUUCUACCGCCAAGAUCCGGCCUUCUCGAAGCCCUACGUCGACUACUACAGCAAGAACUAUCAGGGUCAGGAGCAGCUGCAGUUGCAACAACAGCAGCAAGUGGGCGUCAAUUCCGUGAGCUUCGGCGAUGCGCACGAGGCUGCGUACAAUGGCUAUUAUGGACGCAAUACGGGCAAGGACAUAACGGCCCAGCCCCAAGCCACGGCUCCUCUGCAGCAGGCGAGCUAAAGCGUCCCUCUCUGUCUUUGUUAUUUAUUACUUGUUGUGUGCCUAGCUGUCAUGCCUUCCUAUAAGCAUGAAAUAUGUUAUUUAUAUUUAUAUUGUAAAUAAAUUUCCACUAUAAGUUCAA